AUGAUUCUUUUUGAACAUCCCGGUUUCUUUGAUGGGAUUUAUAUAGCCGCACAUUCCUCGUGUCACAUCCAAGGCUCUCCAUUCAUGCUUUCAAUGCCAACCAAUUCAAAGAGCUCGCGCUCCUUGUGCUUAACGGUCACCUUAAUAAUUCCCUUUGCGUUCAUUUGGUGUCUUUACUCGUGGAGAAAAACACUCACCUUGGUCUCCAGGCCUAUGCCGGAAUCUUCCGACAUAACCAGCACUGGCAGCUCAGCCUCAAAAGCAGCGACUCCACCGUCAUAUUCGAAUAACGAUAAUCAUCUUAAAAAGUCAGCUGCACUCCUGUAUACGCUUCCAGGCAAGAUCUGGCAUUCCACCAAAGUUGAUUAUCUAUCUGAAAAUCAACGGGAAUGGACUGGCAGCUGGACAAAGAAAAACCCCUCUUUUCGACAAGAAAUGCUGACCGAUCGAUUGGCAGAAGUAUUCGUUCGCGCGCUCUACUUUAAAACUCGACCAGAUAUCGUCGAAAUCAAUGAAGCCCUUCCAAUCCCAAUCCUACCGGGGGAUUUGUUCCGUUACUUAGUUAUUCUCACCGAAGGCGGAAUGUGA